GAUUCCCUAAUAUCAUGCCCCGCUAACUCUAAUAAAAAACAUGUAAUCGUAUUUAUUUUCCUUCCGUUUAGUCAGAGGCGCUGAUGUCGGCAUUGUGAUUGGUCGAACAUGACUUUUGACAAAUCGUGCGCUAUCUGUGAAUCUGUAAUCUGUGUUCGUGUUCGUUCGUUCGUUGUCGUUCACUUAUUUUAUAUGGUCGGUCAUGAUGUGAUGUGUUUGGUGUUUGGUUUGUGUUUGUGUUACCAUAAAAAGCUGAUAUUCAGUCGUGUUUUUUGAUAUUUUUGUUAUUUCAUAAUCGAGUACCUUUUUAAAGGUAAGUUUUUCUGAUUGUAGGUACUGUUUAUCCAACAGUUUUAAAAUACACAUUUUAUUUCGCGUUUUUUUGUUGGGUCUAAUGGCCGAUCAGCUGUUGUGUGCAGCCGAUAAAUUCAACAAGUAAACAUAUAUUUAAUCGAAAUUAAAUACUAAUAUUUCUAUGUAAAAUGUCACAUUAUUGUAUAAAUAAAUAAUUAAGAAACAAAAGUUGUUUGUGUUUUACCUUUAUUGGCCACUUUAAUAAAAUAAUAUUAAAUAUUGGAAGUACCGUAUGGAGGCUAUGGUGUACCUAGCGUGGAGGCUAGAUAACGCUACCCUUCCUAUCCAAUCAACAGCAAGAACGUUUAAAAUUUCACACCUAUCAUGUUGAAGCUACAGACCACUUAUGUGGAGGCCAGAUUUGUAGUAUCCUUCCAAUUUCCCAGGUGCUGAAAUACGUGACAUAUUUUUUGAAGGAUAAGAUCGCAUUCUACCAAAUCAGACAACACUUUUUUCUAUGGUCAAUAUCAUGAUGAUUAAAUAAAUUCAAAUUAUUUUGUUCAAGAACAAAGAUCCCAGUGCUUGUUUUAAUCAGAGUAUUUAAAUGUUCUUUGUAUAAAAAAUCACGACGUAAUGCAUUCUAUACAAUAGUUUCUUUAUUCAAUAAUGUGGGUUUUUGGUUAUGGGUCUCUUAUAUGGAAAAUUGAUUUUCCAUAUGAAAGAAAAGUUUUAGGGUAUAUUAAAGGGUACGAUAGAAGAUUUUACCAGCUCAGUACAGAUCAUAGAGGAACCCCAGAAAAUCCAGGACGGGUUGUAACCCUUGUUCCAUCCGAGGUAAAUUCAAAAGUUUAUGGAGUAGCCUACAAAAUUUCGGAGACAGAUGUAAAAAAAGUAGUAGAUCACUUAGAUCAUCGAGAAAAAGGUGGAUACGAAAAGAAAACACUUGAGUUCUUCCCAAUAUGUGAAGACCAACAAACCUUCAACAUCACCAUUUAUCUGGGGGAUCACGAAAACGAAAAUUACGGCGGCCCAGCAGAUUUGAACGAUAUAGCAGCUCAAGUAGUAGCAUCUGAGGGGCCUAGCGGGCCUAACGUGGAUUAUGUUUGUAAUUUAGCUAAUGCAAUGAGAAAUUUUUUCCCUUCCGUUCAGGAUGAACACUUGUACGAACUCGAAAAGAAGGUUCUUAAUUUAUUGAGGAAAAAUAACGGAGUAUGUACUAGUACAUAAGUGAUAUUUGGGGGAAAUAGUAAUGUAUUUGUUAAUGAGAUUUGUUAGAUCUUUGGCUGUUUAAUUUUAGGUUUUAUAAAAUUGUCCGUUGUAUUAAAUGAGUUGCUAAAAUUUCUUUCAGAGGUCAGAGGUUUAGAUAAAUUAUGUAGAGAAAAUGUUUUUCGAAAACAAACUUGUGAUUUUAAUCAGAAAACCCUUGUAUAAUAAAAAACAGAUAUUUUCAGAAGAGUUAAAAUCAUAUUUUAAAAAUUACCAACUGAAAAGUUUUUACAUACCCUAGAAAAGAGGUAAGGGAAAGUGUGGGAAUGGUGCGCAGCGGGUAAUCGUGCGCUGCAUUGUAUUUAAAAUUCCGUGGAUGCUCUUAAGAACUCAACAAGUCCUACACCUUUUGGAUGAUCUCGUGAACGGUUGACGCCAUUAUCUUUAGUCGAAUGUUGCACGUUGACUAAGUGAGAUCGGAUUAUUGAAAAUCGCAAGAAUUCUUUUAGUUUUUCUGCUCCAAAAAUUAAGACGCUAAGUUCGUAGGUUUUAUUAAGUUGCUUUGAGCUUACUAUUGAUUUAAAUCAUGUUGUUUUCCGUACAUUUUGGUCCAUCUGUUGGUUUAUAUGGUUUAGUAGUUUUUUGUUUGUGAUGACGUUUGCUAUUUAAGGCGCAAAGGGGGUAAUAGUGCGCACGUUUCCCCAACAAACAAUGAAGUGGUAAAUAAUAAAGUUACCAUUUUCGUUUCCAGAGGCCACAAACUACACUAGAAAAUCUAUGAUUCUUACAUAUUAUACUAACGAAGAGUUACAAAAUCCUCUGUAUGCAAUCAGAAAUGACGGCAAAAAAAUAAGGGAAACGAUAAAAGCUUUCGACAUUCAAGAUCGACUUCAAGAAAAAGACGAACGGGUUUAUGUUCCUAAAGGAGCUACAUAUGUAGGCUCUGUCUGUUGAUGGUGAUAUAACUAUCAUGGCCGUUUAUUACAUGAGUGCUGGAGAAAAUUAUAUUCCACUCGUGUUGAUCUAUCACGAGUUAAACCAGAAAUUAAAAUAAAAUCUCGAACAAUCGAAAAAUCUUACAAGCUCACCAAUGAAAAAAAAGGAAAAAAGAUGAUUAAGGGACGUGAAUCUCAAGAGAAAGCAGGAACAGAAAGCAGCAAGAAAGGCCAAAAAUGAUUUACUAAAAAAUCGCUAGAUAUCUCGCCAGACAGAAAAAAACUUGAAGGCAAACAAAACAAGAAGAGAGUGCAAAAGGAGCUAACACCUGAGUAGUCUGAUGUAACAGACACUGAUUUGUCAGAUAUUAUCGAUGAAGACAAAUUAUAUGAUAUAAAAUUAAGUUUCAUUCCACCACCAGAAAACCAGCUGCACCUAGGGACAUGUAUUUGCUGGAAAACAGAAAAGAACAAUGUUUAAAGAAUUUUAUAAAAACGUUAUUCAGUGCACACCAUUUACCAAUCCAUGCGCAUGAUUACCCUCAUGGAUGGGAAUCGUGCACAAAGGCACUUCUUUUCGUUUUUUAAUAUUUUGCUUUAGUAUUUUGUAUUUCUCUAAAACCUAAUUUAAAUAUUCAAAGUAUGUGGAAUAAUUAGAGCUUACUGUAACAUACUAGCCGUUAUGAUGAAUUUACAGAAUUUACAACAGAAUCGAUUUCUGCUAAGUGCGCACCAUUCCCUCACUUUCCCUUAUUACUUAAUAAAAUAUCAACCUAUAUAACCAGAGUAAAACUUAAACGCCAAAUGUGCAAAGAAUAUGUUUUCCAGUGAUUUGAUUUAUUCUUUGUACAAAUAGGUAUUACUAUGUAUAAGUAUCCCAGUUUUAUACUUAAAUAUCUGUGGCUCUUAGGUAAGCAAGUAUUAUUGUCAAAAUUAGUGAAAUUUUUUUACAGAUAUAGUAUAUUUCAGCGUUAUUGACAAGUAUAUGAAUUCUUUUUCUUCUUCAGCCUGUGUUCGUCCACUGCUGGACAUAGGCCUAUUCCAUUUGCUUCCAUCGAUUUCUACUCUUGUUUGCCCGCGACUUGUUUGAUAUCAUCUGCCCACCUCUUCUGCGGUCUGCCUACUCCUCGCCUGUUCUCACUUGAUCUCCAGUUUGUUAGCCUCUGUGUCCAUUUUUCGGGAUUAUUUCGGGCAACAUGUCCGACCCAUUGCCACUUGAGCCUUGCUAUACGUUCUGCGACAUCAGUAAUCUUUGUUCUUUCGCGAAUGUCGAUAUUUCGAAUUUUGUCUCUCAAACUAAUCCCUAGCGUGGCCCUCUCCAUCGCUUUUUGAGUUGUACUGAGCUGAUCUAAGGUUUUCUUUGUAAAGGCCAUGGUAUCCAGUCCAUAUGUAGUUACAGGCAAGAUACAUUUGUCAUAAACUCUACGUUUUAGACACAUUGGUAUAUUUCUAUUUUUCAAGAUACAGCUUAACUUGCCGAAAGCUACCCAAGACAAUUGUAUGCGUCUUUCUAUUUCGGCUAUUUGGUUUUCUUUGCCGAUUUUAAUGGUAUGUCCAAGAUAUAUAUAGUGGUCUACAUUUUCAAGACUGACGUUGUCAAUAACAAGAUUAGUUUGUACAUUACUCAUUAUUUUUGUUUUCUGAAGAUUCAUUUUGAGACCUAUUUUAUUUGACUGCUGGUUUAGUUCCUUCAUCAUUUGCUCCAGUUCCUUGAUAUCUGUACUGAAUAAUACUAUGUCGUCUGCAAACCUCAAAUGACUCAAACGUACACCAUCAAUGUUUAGACCUUUUUCCUCCCAGUCGAGCUGUUUGAAUACAUUUUCCAAUGCUAAGGUAAAAAGUUUUGGUGAAAUAGUAUCACCUUGUCUAAUACCUUUACCAAGGCGUAUUUUUUCGGUUUUUUGGUCUUCAUUGAUGUUGAUGUGGAAUGUGGCCUGUUCAUAAAUGUUUUUAAUGAGUGUAGUGUACUGUAAGUUUAUUCGAGCAUCCCUUAGGGCUGACAAAAAGGACCAGGUUUCAAUACUAUGGAAAGCCUUGUGAAAGUCAAUAAAUGCCAUAUGUAAGGGUACAUUAUAUUCUGUGGUUUUUUCUACCAGUGUUCUGAUGGUUUGUAAGUGAUCGUUAGUACCAAACCCUUUUCGAAAUCCCGCCUGUUUAGUAUAUGAAUAUAUAAUACGAAAUCAAUAAACAUAAAUAAACAUUUUGAUAAUUAAAUAGUUUAAUUACGAAAUUUUGUACUAUACAACAAUUUUUUUGGUAAUGACUCAUUUUCGUUUGUUUUAGAGCCACAAAUAUAAUGAUAUAUAUGAUUAACUCGGCAUUGGUCGCUAGGUUGGCUUUUACGUCAGUGGUCGCGCGUGAGAUUUUGUCUCACCUAUCCAACUUUUGCAUUUCUUACGAAAUAAAAAUUUCAAAAUAGAUUUUAAACUUAUUAGCUUUACACAAUGUGCCUGUUGAUGCGCUUGUACAUUUAAAUAUAAAAAUGUAGAAAUAAUAUUAAAUUUAAAAUUUCAAUAUAUCGCAGCCGUCUAUGAAAAGUAUAACUCCGAAAAAUGCCGUUAAGAAUAUAACUUUCAAAGAACGCCGCGAAAAAUAUUAUUUUCGAUUAUAUGAUCGUAAAAAUUAUAAUCCCUAAUAAAGUGUUAGCGAAAAAUAUUUUUUGAGAAGUAUCAGCAAAUACAUCAUUUCUGUUUGUGGGUUCACGAAAAUUUUAAUUACUAAAAAGUUCUCAUUGAAAAUAAUUAUUCUUCGAUCAAUAACAUUGAAAAAAAUUAUUUCUAAUUCUGUAUUCAUGAAGAUUAUAACUCCUAAUAAUGCGCGGUGAAAAGUAUGAUCCUGGAUGAAUGAGAGCGAAAAAUAUUUUUUCUGUUCUAUACUUUCGAAGACCAUAACUUCUAAUACGGUGCGGUGAUAAGAAAAAGUUUACAAUAAUUACCUGUAAAAAUAAUUAUUUCUGAUUAUGUUUCCACGAAAAUUAAUAUUACUAGAAAUUUCUCGGCCAAAAUAAUUACUCUUCGAUGAAUGACAGCAAAAAAAAAUCAUUUCUAUUUCUAUGUUUGCGAAGAUUAUGAAUCCUAAUAAUGCGCGGCGAAAAGAAUAAUCCUAAAUUAGCGACGGCAAAUUUUAUUUUCGUAGCUACUUUACUGGAAAAUAAUUUUUGUUUAAUGUAAAUCUUCGAGGAGUUAUUUUUUCCGCAAGAACAGGAAUGUAAAUAAUUAUAUUCGUCGUCAUAUAUUAAGAACUAGAUGUUUUCGUCAUAAAUAUUUUGGGAGUUAUGAUCUUCGUGAGUGUACAGAUAAAAAGAAUUAUUUUUUGUUGUUCCUGGUAUAAAAAUAAUUCUUUUUCUACGACCGUUUAAUAAUAUGCUCAUUAUUCGCUGUUUUUGAAUAGAUAAUAACAUCCAUUACUUUACCCGUGAGUAAUGGUUUAUUACUCACGGGCUGAAGUUACUCACGGUUUGAAGUUAGAUUCUAGUGGUGCAUGGCACUUUUAAUAUACCUAUUAGCAAAUAAAAUUACUUAAGCUUGUUUAUUUAAUAAAAUAGUCAUUGUAAUUUAUAUCCACAAUUAAAGUCGAAAAAUGUUUAAAGGAUUUUUAAUUGUAACAAUGGGUUAGUAUAUUUUUUACGUUUAAAUUUCAACAUUUGACAAUUUAAGAUUUACGUUAUUCAAAGGUAAAUAAGCAAUCGAAUGAAUUCUGUUUUACUUACUGUUGACUGUACAAUAAAUUUUUAUUAAGAGCACACGUUUCUUUUCGUGUAAUUGCCUUAAAAUAUGUCUUAUUUUUAAAAGCCACCUCCAUUCCAUGACACUAAUGUCAACUGUCUGUUUCAUUGUUUCGUAAGCUCAAAGAGGGCUAUUCUAACAGUGUUGCCAUAUUUAUAUAAAAUAUAUUUUCUUAUGAAAAACAAAAUCUUUUGAUUUUGAAUAAUGUUAGUAGUUGAUAAUUAUAUUUUCUACUAACCCAAAUAAAAAAGGUCGUAGAAAAAGUAUAGUAUUCUACUUGCAUGUAAUGGCUAUUACAUGCUCGUUGAAUAAUAUACUAUUUCGUCACAAAUAUUUUUAAAAUAAUAAAUGAUGGUUUUGCUUGUUUUCGAUUCAGAGGGUUGCACACCCGCUAGACAGGCUGUUUCUACCAUUUCAGGCGUCAUCAGUAGCUUUUGUUAGCGUGCACACCUCUGAAUCGAAAAAUAGCUCCACCAUCAUUUUAAAGGGAAUCUGAAAAAUAAUUCAAAUUUCCCAUUAGACGCGAUACAGCGACAUCUACUAACAAAUUGAAGAGUCUCAGAUGCAGAAUCCACCAAUUUAAUAAAAAUUAAAAUGGUAAAUAGUAAUUUAAACCUGAGACUUUUCGCGUUGAAAGUUCUUACUGGUACAUCCUUAAUCUGCGACUUUUUUAAUUAAUAAGACAGCAGACGACUAAUACAGAAAACGAAAGGGAAUCGAUCACAUUCCGCCUUCAUUCGUCUCGGAAAAAGACAGCAGAGGAACUUUCAGUACUCAAACCGAGUAAAGGAAAUAAAAUAAUAAAUGAUGGUUUUGCUUGUUUUCGAUUCAGAGGGUUGCACACCCGCUAGACAGGCUGUUUCUACCAUUUCAGGCGUCAUCAGUAGCUUUUGUUAGCGUGCACACCUCUGUUCUUACUGGUACAUCCUUAAAAAGUCGCAGAUUAAGGAUGUACCAGUAAGAACUUUCAACGCGAAAAGUCUCAGGUUUAAAUUACUAUUUACCAUUUUAAUUUUUAUUAAAUUGGUGGAUUCUGCAUCUGAGACUCUUCAAUUUGUUAUGAGAUGUCGCUGUAUCGCGUCUAAUGGGAAAUUUGAAUUAUUUUUCAGAUUCCCUUUAAAAUGAUGGUGGAGCUAUUUUUCGAUUCAGAGGUGUGCACGCUAACAAAAGCCACUGAUGACUCCUGAAAUGGUAGAAACAGCCUGUCUAGCGGGUGUGCAACCCUCUGAAUCGAAAACAAGCAAAACCAUCAUUUAUUAUUUUAUUUCCUUUACUCGCUUUGAGUACUGAAAGUUCCUCUGCUGUCUUUUUCCGAGACGAAUGAAGGCGGAAUGUGAUCGUUUCCCUUUCGUUUUCUGUAUUCGUCGUCUGCUGUCUUAUUAAUUGAAAAAGUCGCAGAUUAAGGAUGUACAGUAAGAACUUUCAACGCGAAAAGUCUCAGGUUUAAAUUACUAUUUACCAUUUUAAUUUUUAUUAAAUUGGUGGAUUCUGCAUCUGAGACUCUUCAAUUUGUUAAAUAUUUUUAAAUUUAUAAUCUUCUUGGGCACGUAAAUAGCAAUAAUUUUUUUCGUUGAUAUCUGUAGAGAAGUAAUUGUUUUCCCCACAACUUUUUGAAAAUUGUAUUCGCCGGUACAUUAACAAAGUUUUUUUUGUGGUCACUUAUUGAAAAAUGAUUUAAUUCCUUCGCUGUAAAUCUUCCAGGAAUUAUUUUUUUUUCGCGAAAACAGAAAGGGGAAUAAUUGUUUUCGUUGGCAUCUAUUAAGAACUAAAUCUUUUCCACAUAAAUAUUUUGGGAGUUAUAAUCUUCGCGGACACGCAUAUAAAAAAAAUUGUAUCGCCAACACUUAUCAAAGAGUUAUUAUUUUCACUGAAAAUGUAUUAGGAAUCACAUUAAUUUAGCUGUAUUUUAUUGUCCUGUAACAGGGCAAUUUCUAAAAUUAUCUUUGCACAAUUCAUAUUGCAAAUACAAAAUCAAAUAUUCAUACAAUAUAGAAUAACGCUAUAAAAUAAUGCUAAAUAAUAUUAUACACGGUAGUCGCGUGACGAGAGAAUAUCUCUCGUGAAGCGCACUGAGUUAACAAACGGGCCAUACUAAGUCAACUGUUCGAGUAACUGUAAACUAUUCGAUUGUAGAGGAAGGAGAAUUAUAAGACUAGAAGGAACUACAGCAUGUGUAAUUUACCAGGGAAAAAGUUGUGUGCAAUAUUCUGAAACCGUGAGAGAAAAUCUCAUAUAGCGACCAAUGCCGGGUUAAAAACAAAUAAACUGUGACAGUAUUUCGAACUUUAUAUUUACUAAUGUUUUAGCUAAAUUAUUGUGAUGUAGAAUAUGUUUUUAGGCUUAAUAAAGUCGACUUUACACUACAUGAUUUAUCAUGUGAUUUGUCUUAUGAUUUUUCCCAUGACGAGCCGCAUGACAAUGCUUAUGACAAAACGAGCCGUAUAAACAAUGCAAAAUCAUAUGACAAAUCACACAGUGUAAACAUGUAAAUUUCACUCCAUGACCAAAUCAUAUGACAAAUCACAUGAUAAAUCAUGUAAUGUAAAGUCGACUUAAGAUAUUUGGAAACAAUUUACUCCAGAACUUACUGGUAAUUUAGCAUUUUAUUUAUUUUAUUAUACAAUUUUAAACUAAA